ACAUGCCAGACCCGCUGGCGCUGCCCGAGGUGGACAUAGUAGUGGAGCCGUUGCCGCGGCCGGCGCGGGCCGAGCCGGCGCCGGCGGCCGACGACGGAGACGACGAGGUUCGCCUGCUGCCGACGCCCGAGCCGCGGCCGCCGCUGGACGUCAUCUUGCUGGACAACUCCGACAUAAGCGACGACGAGAUCGUGCUCGGCAUGGGAAGCCCACAGCCGCCGCGUCCCGCAGGCGUCGGCCGGCCCCCGCCCCCCGGCGCCACGUCCGCCGUCGGCCUCCUCCGUCAGCAGCGGCGUCGGCCCUCCGAUUCGGGCGCCACGUCCGCCUCUGCCGUGGACAAACCCCGGCAGCGGCGUCAACCCUCCGCCUCGGGCGCCACGUCCACCUCCUUUGCGGACAAACCCCGGCAGCAGCGUCGGCCCUCUGCCUCGGGCGCCACGUCCGCUUUGGUCGCGGGCGCUCCCGGGCAGCCACGGCGUCGGCCCUCCGCCUCUGACGCCACGUCCGCCUUGGUCGCGGACGCUCCCGGGCAGCCGGGGCGUCGACCCUCCGCCUCUGACGCGCCCGUCGACCGGCAGCGACUUCCCAGCCGGCGGAGACAGUGUCCAGCGCAGCGGACCAGCUCGGAGCCGACGCCGUCCCGCCCCACCCUGCCGCCGCUGCCUCCCGGCGCCCUGCUGGUGUCCCGCGUUGGCCCCGCUGCGGCCCGCGCCACCGUCACAGCGUCGGCGUCCUGCGGGCCGGAGUUGCGGCAGGCCAAGCUCGCUCUCGAGGAGGUGCUGUUCGGCCGGCUGGAGAACGCCACGCCCAUUCGCCGCCGCACCGCCGCCGUCCUCAAACAGGCGCAGGCGGAAGUGAGCUCGCAGCGCAGUCAGCACGCCAGCCUGAAGGUGCGCCUGUGGCAGGCGUCGCAGCGCCAGCGCCACCUGCUGCACAAGCUCAACCUCCUGCUGGCUGGGAUCCCGCUUGAGAAAAGGAUUGAGAAGAUCGCGGAAAUCGAGGAUCUGCUAUCGUUCUUGCAGGUGCGCGUCAUGGGCAACGAGCUGGAGCCGCAGAUGCUCCUGGAGAAGAAGAGCGGCCAGCAGCCGUCGCAGUUCCGCGUGAUCGCGCCGGAGAGCGGCGCCCCGACGCACCCGGCCGCCACCGACGAGCUCUCGGAGAUCUAGAGAUCACCGAAGAUGGAGAGAUGGCUGACACUGCCGACUCGGGGGCUCCCCAGAUUCAGAGGCGAGCAGCCAGGGCAGCCGGCCGGUCCGUGGCGCGGCGGGCCGGGCGCCGUUCCCAGUCUCCCUUCGGGGGGGGCCGUGCUGCCACCUCCCUUGCUCAGCGGCGGCGGGUGGCCGUGACCGACGGCGGCGCGGCGGACGCGUCGUCGACAGCUGUGGCGCGGGCGGCAGACGCGCUCUGGCGUGACUAUGGCCCCGUUUGCCGUCUGGGGGCCCUUCAGGCGGCCUCGUGGCCAGCUCAGUCGGUCGGCCGGAGUGCACGCACACUCGGUAACCAAGAUGGCUGUGACGCUUGCGGAAGGGGAUUACUUGUGCUGUGCGGCUGGUGUGUGACCCCGGGAAGGGCUCGCAGAUCGCAGAGACAGCGGUGGUGGCUGACUGUGUCUCUCGUUUGAUUUGUGGUGCUGCACUUAUGGGUGCUUUGUGUUGGCUCAUAGUGCGUUUUUGUGAAGAGACUUUCAGCGUCGCGUUAUUUGUGAAGUACAAAUAUACCCUUUGAUUGGUUUCCUUUGCGGGUGGUGUGCGAGGUGCGCACUCGGCGUGGGUUCGUCUCGGUAUGCAGCGGGAAUCAUUCAGCCCAGCGGGAUCAUCAGUAUCAUCGCAUCCGUGCAUAUGUGGAGUUUGUGACUGGAUGGAUGCCGGACACCGGUAGAAUCGUCUCAAGGGCUUCUAAUACAGGUAUGUUCAUGUGUUUUGUGGGGUUGUAUCCUGUAUGAAUAAAGAUAAACGGGUAUCUGGUCUGGCAUCGCGAGUUUUAUCAUAGUGGAAAGCUGCUGGUCGGGUACAGAGCGGCCAUUGCUCCACAGCCUCGUGAAAAGCUGGAACUGAGCGAACACAUCGGGAUUUGCGUGGUUG